UUAGUUUUCAGCUCCACACCAGAAUAAAAAUUAUACAAAAAAUACACAAAAAAAUAUAUUAAAAUAUUCCCCAAAAAAAAACACACACAAAAAGAAGAAGAUGGAAUACUGGCUGCGACUGGUCAACGAUCAGGCGCAGAGACUGGUGACGCAGGAGGAGCAGCAGCAGCCGAAAUUUAUCUCCGUUUUCAGCCACAAAGGUUCCCCCAUUCUGCCGCCCUUGAUGACGCCCCAGCGGCGGCGGGAGAUGCAGCAACAUCGAGCCACCGCCCUGGCCCUCGAGGAGUAUCUAAAGAUGAGGAUCGGCGGCAGGCCCAAGGCUGCGCCUACCCCCCAGGCGAAGCUCGUGGAAAAACAAGAAGAUCCACCUCUGAUUGUGUUGGGACGCUUCCCGCAGCAGCUGCAGCGCUCCAAGACUUUGAUCUACGACAAUGGCCUCAAUAGGCUCAUCAAACCGCCCACACCGGAUCCCCACACUUCAACCCCCUUAAAAGUGCUGAUCGAGGACCCCCCUCUGAUUGCUGUCCAGCGGGCAGCGGUGCAGUUAUGUUCCCCGCUCUUCGCGAGGUCCAGCAAAAGCCUCGUCGCCCGUGCCACGCUCCCAGCGAAGCCCCUGAUCCCUGCCCCCCUCAGACCCACGCCGAAGACGAGAGCCCAGGAACUGGAGGAGGCAAGGCAGGAGAAGGAGCGGAGGGAGCUGGAGAAGAUGGAACGGGAGAAGCGGGAGCGGGAGAAAAGGGAGAACCUGCGGCUGGAGCACAGGCACACGAUGAACCUCAUCCAAGUGGCCAAGGCCCUGCCGUGGGAUGUCCUCCAGAUUGCACCGCUGCUGCGCUCCCACACGGAUCCCAAUCUCCAGCGGAAGCCACACAGCCAGCGGGACCACAACGAGGCCAGCCUGAGGCUGCACCCACAGCUGUGGAAGCGGCAGAAUACCAUCGUCUACAGCUGCCCCAAUUCCCCGAAGAAAAUCAACUAUCCUCAACACAGAAAGCAGGAAAAGGAGACGCAGGAAGAGGCGAAGGAAGAGCCAAAAGAGAGGCCAAAGGAAGGACCAAAGGAAGAGCCAAAAAAGGAGCCCAAGCAGCGGUGGCAGAGCCUGGAGGGGAAGCCAGCCAAGGCCAAGGGCAGAUUCUCUCUUUCGCCGAGACGCCGCGCCCUGCCCCACAAUGUCUCGUGCUGCAGCUACUCCUUCACUCCCUCGAUGGUCAGCGCCACGCAGCGUAGGCGCAGCUACGACCCGAAGGCCUCCCUCAUGCGGGACGCUGAGCUGAGGGGAGCGGGAAAGCAGCCUUCCCAGAGCGGUACUCCGCAGCAGCAGUCCUCGUCCUCUUCCCACAGCAGGGCGAGGGGAGGGGAAACGCGUACGGUGCCCGCAUCCUCCUUCGAAUACCCCAGGAAAACAUCAUCCUACUUGACGAUCGCCCAGGAGCAGGAGGAGCAGCGCCAGCGCUUCCUGGCACUCGUCUCCCAGCAGGCGGAGGAGCAGCAGCGCCUGCAGGCGCAGUUCGAGGCCCAGCAGCAGAUCCUCAUAGAUCAGAUGCUCUACGAAGUGAGGCAACUAUCGAGCGAUGCAGCGGAAUCCAUCGACUAAUCCAGUCCGACAAUCUAUUCCUGUUCCCAUUCCCAUUCCCAAUGUCCCUUCUACCUGUGCGGAGGAGCGGAGUGUAAUAAAGCCAUCAGACAGCAUCA